CCGUCUUCUGUGUUCUCGAAAGUCAACCAACAAUCCUGAUACUAUUUGAUCGCUUUCCAGAGCUGCCGUGUUCAAGGUCAUGGAUUCUAUCUUAUUCCUUCCGGAACCCGCACCACAAAUCCCACUCUUUUCCCCAGAACCAAACCAAAUCUAUCUAACUUCAUAUUCAGGUUCGCGAAAUCUCCCUUUCCUGCGAUUGACGCAACGGUUUCUUCAAGAUGGGUCCAUUAAGAAAACAAGGGUCGUGAGAAAUUCCCAUCAAUCUGCUGGUUUUAUUGAUUCUAAAACUGGAAUUUCCGAUGUUCCUCUCUUGACUGGCUUGGAGGUCUUUGAGAAACUAAAAGCAUACAGAGGAAAGAUAAAGGGCAAGCAGCAAUUCCUUGCUAUGUAUUCUAGCAUUUUUGGUGGGAUAACAACAGAUGCAGCUGCUAUGGUUAUCCCCAUGGACGACCACAUGGUCCACAGGGGCCAUGGUGUCUUUGAUACCGCAGCAAUAAUGGAUGGAUCCUGUAGGAAAGAGGGAGUAACGGAGAGGCAGAGAUACCUGUACGAGCUGGACCAACACCUUGACCGUUUUUUGAGGUCAGCUAUUAGGUCGAAAAUAAACCCCCCGUUUGAUCGUGAAAGCAUACGAAGAAUACUUAUACAAACUGUAAGUGCUUCCAAAUGUAGAAAUGGAUCAUUGAGAUAUUGGCUCUCAUCAGGACCUGGUGAUUUUCAGCUAUCUUCCUUAGGCUGCCAUCAAUCUGGUCUUUAUGCGAUUGUAAUUCAGAGUCAGUCCCCGUAUAGCUCCACGGGAGUUAAAGUUGUCACUUCUUCUGUCCCAAUUAAACCACCUCAGUUUGCCACCACAAAGAGCGUGAAUUACCUUCCAAAUGUACUUUCAAAGAUGGAAGCCGAAGAAGAUGGUGCUUUUGCUGGCAUCUGGCUGGACGACGAUGGCUUUGUUGCUGAAGGGCCUAACAUGAAUGUGGCUUUUGUCAAUAAAGAGAAGGAGCUUAUCAUGCCUCAUUUUGACAAAAUUCUAAGUGGUUGCACAGCCAAAAGAGUCUUAACUCUUGCUGAGAGUUUGGUGAAAGAAGGUAAGAUUCGGGGUGUGAGAAUGAAAAAUGUGACAGUGGAGGAAGGGAAAAAUGCAGAUGAAAUGAUGCUUCUUGGUAGCGGAGUUCUUGUUUGCCCCGUGGUGCAGUGGGAUGAUCAAGUCAUUGGAGAUGGUAAGGAAGGCCCUAUAGCCCAGACUCUCUUGAACUUAGUUGUAGAGGACAUGAAAUCUGGCCCUCCUACUGUUCGCUCACCUGUUCCUUAUUGAGCUGACUUCAUUUCCUUCUCCUGUUUCAUCUUCAAACUUGGAAAAGAAAAUGGUUGUUCUAAAUUAUCGUGGAGUUGUCACCCUGGCAUCGAUUACCUAUAAACAAUGCUUGUGUUGUAAAGCCAUUUUGUUGUUUAAUGAUAUGCGAGCAUGUUCAAAACUUCUUUAUCAUGCAGGUGUCAGAUGAAGACGAAAGAAAGUGAAUAACUUUUCUUUUCCUUGUA